UCGGCGCAGGGCUGGCCACCAAUAUGUUGACAAUUCGUAUGUUUAUAAUAAGGCGGUUCAACCCAUUUUUCGACAAGUAUUUCCAUCACAGAAUCAUAUCUUAAUAGAAACUUUAAUUUAUUCUCUGCGCACAUGGGUCCAGCGGCAAUGAAGAUUUAUAAUGGUUUUGCAGUGCUGCUCUUGGUUGUGCUUGGUUCUUUCAUGGCUGUGAGUAGUACUACUGCUGCCACAGGUGUCAUGGACACGUCAACCGCCCUUCUCAUAAGUGUGGAUCCAUCGGGCAAUGAAGAUUUUAAAAAGAUACAAGAUGCCAUCGAUUCAGUUCCAUCUAAUAACUCUGAAUUGGUUUUCAUUUGGGUUAAACCAGCAACAUACAGGGAAAAAGUUGUGGUGCCUGCGGAUAAGCCCUUCAUAACAUUGAGUGGCACAAAGGCCUCUAACACCAUCAUAACAUGGGGUGACACAGGGGAGAUAAUUGAUUCUGCAACACUUUCCGUAUUUGCUUCUGACUUUGUUGCAAGAUCUCUCACAAUUCAGAAUACGUUUGGGACUUCAGGCAAAGCUGUUGCUCUAAGGGUAGCAGGAGACAGAGCUGCAUUCUAUGGUUGCAGGAUUCUUUCUUAUCAAGAUACUCUCUUGGAUGACACUGGCAGGCAUUAUUACAGCGGCUGCUAUAUUGAAGGAGGCACUGAUUUCAUAUGUGGAAAUGCUGCUACUCUAUUUGAAAGGUGCCAUUUGCAUUCACUUUCCAGUGCAGAUGGAGCCAUUACUGCUCAACAUAGGAAUUCACCAUCGGAGGAAACUGGGUUUACCUUCAUGGGUUGCGAGAUCACUGGUGUUGGAACUGCUCUUCUUGGAAGACCAUGGGGUGCUUACUCUAGAGUGGUGUUUUCCCUAACUUACAUGUCCAGUGCCGUAGUGCCACAGGGCUGGGAUGACUGGGAAGAUCGAAGCAAGCAGAGCACUGUGUACUUCGGUGAGUACCAGUGUUACGGUCCUGGAGCCAAUAGAACGAAGAGGGUUGAAUGGUCAAAGAGUCUAUCGAAUGACGAGGUUGCACCCUUCUUGACUAAGGACAUGAUUGGUGGGCAAAGUUGGCUUAGACCUUCGCCAACUCACUUCAAGAGAGGCUCUACCAUUAUCCCAGCGAAUGCUAAUGGAAACAACUAGAGUAUAUAUAACAAAAUACUUCUCAUAAAUUGUUUUUUAUAUUCAUAUUUUCAUGUGAGACACAGUACCAAUUUACAGCUAUAU